GACUCAGUGAACGUUAGGAUGACGAGUGAUUCUAAAGAAUAUUUGAACAGUAUUCUUGCAGAAGUGGCAAAGGACCAGCAUAUUGAAGAAUGGAUAAUGACACAGAAAUCAUUUGUGUCUGUGGCCGAUAAUUUCUUCGGUGUAGUUGUGCCAGUAGCAUUGACUGGAAAGGUAGAUCACAGUAGAGAUGCCGAAUUGGACCUAGUCGUGAAGUUAGGACCUGAAGCCAACGAAGCAGUCAACAAGUUUUUCAACAGGGAAUGCUUUGUUUACUCAACUGUGCUGCGGAACUACGAAAGUUUGCAAACAAAUUUCUCGGAAACAUCCAAGUUUGUUAUUCCUAAGCACUAUUUUAUUUGCACUGAGCCUGGCAGAGAAGCCAUCGUGCUGGAAAAUAUGUGCUGUAAAGGAUACCAGCCACACUGCGGGGGUCCGUUCCUUGACUACGAACACAUGGACAUUGCUAUGAAAUCUCUUGCCAAAUUCCACGCGCUAUCUUUCAUGAUGAGAAGAACAGAUAAUGCUUUAUAUAAAAACAUUGCUGAAAAGUGUGUAUCUAUUAGCUACACUGGUAUUUUGUUGGAUAACCUGGAAAACGCUAAAAAACUUUUAGACGACCGCUACACUCCUGUUAUACAGUAUCUAGAGGAUAAUUGCCUGAGACUCCUGAAGGCUCCUUAUCAAGAGGUGAAGGAACUUGUCAUCUGUCACGGGGAUCUAUGGAAGGAUAAUAUUUUAUUUAAAUAUAAUAAUCAGAACCAACCCGUAUCGGCCUGCCUAAUCGACUACCAGACGUCCCGCAUGCGUAGUCCAGCGUACGACAUAAUCUACCUUCUCAUCACCAGCUCCAGCCAAGAUCUUCGGAGAAUCCAUUACCAGCAGCUCCUCGAUAUCUUCUACGACACCUUCCAGAAGAUGCUAGAAGAGGGGGGACUCUCUGCUCAAGUGUAUUCUAGAGAAGACUUGGAGUAUGACCUCAAAGUGUCGGCCGCUUCGUGUUUGAUAGUGACGAAUACCGUGAUGUGGAUAUCACUGGGUCUGCAAGAAGAAGGCGGCAUUGUUAAGCCGAAGAAAGUAUUGACGAGUGAGAGGGAGAAGGAAGAAGCUAAAGAAAAAUUCAAAGGAAUUGUGCAAGGUAUCAUUGAUGAUUUUAAGCGGUUAGGUUAUUUGUGAGGAAGCCGUGGCGUGGUGAUGUAUCGUAUAAGACCGCUUGUUUCAAUUUAUUAUUUGAUAGAGUAUGUACAUUAAAAUUUCAAUUAGAGGCAGUUUUUUAAAUUAUUUUAGUAUAAUGAAACAAGUUCAUUAUCUAGCAUAUCACCUAUUAAUCCUUGAUGUGGCUUAUGGCUUUAUAUUUAUUAUUACUUAUGUGAUGUAAAUUCAUAAUUUUAUAAUGCAAAUAGGUAAACGACACUAAUUUAUUUUUACAAUAAAAUAUUCAUUUAACAAUU